AUUUAUUAUGAAUCUUUAUAAUAAUCCGCGAAAAAAAUGAGCAGCGCUCCACCGCUCCCGCUCCUGCGGCGCGCUACUCCGGCGGCCGCAUCCACCGCUCCCGCUGCUGCGCCGUUUAGCUCCUCGGCCUCCCCGCCCACGCCGCGGUUCCCCCCAGGCUUCCCUGUGCCGCUCUGCGCGCGCCGCGUCCUGGUGCGGUCGCUCUUUCCCCAGCUGGAAGCCCCAUCCCCGGAGUCUGCCUCGCCGCCCAGAUCCGCGGAUUCACCGGGUUCUAUCGUCGUCCUUGACUCUCAGCUGGUGGAUCCCCCUGCCGUUGCUGCUCUGGAGACUGCGGGUGCUGCUCCCGGGGCGGGAUUUGUUGUGGAUCCGCCCGUCUUUACUGCGCUUGAGACCGUUCGAGCAGCUCGCAAGGUGAGGUUUGCCAUUACUGCUGAUGUGCUGGAUUUCACUCCCCCUGUCCCCAUUCAUGGCGCGCACAGGCCCUGCCUCAAGGCGUCGUCUCUCUCGGCCAUCAAUGCCGGCCGGCGCGCGGCGCUGAUGUCCCGUCCAAUCCCGUCCCGUCCCUCGAGCCCCGCGGCGCCGGGUGCGCAUUCAAGUGCGGCGACCCCUGAAGAAGGGUGGACUCUCGUUCGUCCACCGUACUGGUGGAGAGCUCUCGCGCCCAACAACCGGCAUUCAAAGCGGAAGUCGUCGCCUUCAUAUCCCCCCCCCCCAAGCCGCAGAUCCUUCGUCAAGCACCACCGAAGAACCUGCCAUCGCUGCUUAGAGAAGGGCCACUGCAAAGCUCAGUGUAGAGAUCCUUACAAGUGUCUGAUCUGCAAGAGAAGCGGGCAUCGUGCAUGGGAGUGCCAUAGCAAAUUGCCGUCCUCUGCUCCCCUGCAUACCCAACGUCCGCCUGCCCCAACUGCGUCCCCGGCGCCCCGCCUAAUGGCGCCUCCGAUGCGCAUCGGAGACCCCUCCGUCAGGCCUGAGGAGGGGCAUGUCGUCAUCACCACCACCCCGGAGAUGGAAGCCCAGGCUGCCGGCCUCGCCAGCCUGGCAGCGGUGGUCUGGCUGGGGGGCACCAGGCCCUCUGUCAGUGCGGCCAUCUUCAGAAGCGCCAUCGCCAAGCAGUUCAGCAUCGACCGCAACCUUCUCCGGGUAGUCCCCCAUUACCCGGAGGACUUCUUCGUCAGAUUCGACUUCCAGCACCACCGUGACACCGUGACGGCAGGGCCGGCAAGGUUCAGCUUCAACUCCCCUGAUCUGGGGGUGCUGGACAUCCACGUCACCAACUGGCGGCUCAGCGCCCACGCAGAGCAAGUGCAAGCCUACCACCACGUCCAUCUCUGUCUGGAGAACGUCCCCCUCAACGCCUGGGACGACAGGGUUGCGGCGCAGAUCCUGGGGCCGAAAACCUUCCUUCACUACUUUGACGUCGCCACAGUUCAGCGAGAAGAUGCCACUGCCCUCAAGCUUUGGGCAUGGUCUGCUGACCCAAACAAGAUCCCCAAGGUGCAGUGGGUGACCUUCACCAGCGGGCCAGGUGCCGCGGGCUCCAGCUUUUCCCCCACUCCUGCGGUGGGUCGGCAGGGCAUCGAGAAGAGGGUGAUUGUGCACCUAGAUAUUCAUGAAGAUUACUCCCCUGACGCCAACGACCAGUUCCCUCGUCGCGCCCACCCCGACAAGUUCACCUGGUACUAUGGCGUGGUGGAUGGCGAGAGGCGCAUUCGAGACAGGCGCGUGCCUGCUAAAGACAGAUGCCGCGAAGACAACGCCCGCGACAGGCGUGAACAUGAUCGUGAUAGAGACGACGACAACAACAGGAGAGGACGGCGCGGCGACCGCCGGUCAUCUUCCUGGCACGACCGCCUCUUCCGGAGUCGGUCAAGGGCACCUGCCCGCUCGGAGGACGACAGACGCCGCGACGACCGUCACGGCCGUGAUGACAGGCGCUAUGAUGAUGGGCGUCGCCAUGGGGCCGAGCUCCCCCCCCCCCCGGAUGCCAGGCGUGUGGACACCAGCCGGGUCCAGCGCCUCCCCGAUGGCUCGGUGGUCCCAGCUUCAGGGCGCCGGGCGCGUCACCGCCAGGAAGAUCACCAGGAGCGCCGUGCGCGCGAUCGCCAUGAAGAUCAUCAGGAGCGCCGCGCGCAUGACCGUGGCCGCUCCCCUCCCCAGGCGCAGCGCACCACCUCGUGCGACAUCAUCGAGAUCAGGCCAACCUCUCUGGUCCCAGGAUGGCUCAGGCGGUUGGGUCCCUGCUUUGGGGAAAGAGUCUCUCCCAUGCCACCGAUGUCAACACCUCUCAGCGCCCGGCUCGAAACCUCCCCUGCAUCGGACGGCCAUCUGACUGCUUUGGCUGCCCCUGACAUGCUCAACGAGGUGGCCACGUCAAGCAACACGAGCACACCCAUCUUCGUUUCGCUCCAGCCACCCCUCCUGACGGCCCCAAGCUCCACCCCCCCACAACCUCCAGUAGCCAGACGCAAGACCCUUGCUGGUGUGGUCGACUUCGCUCUUGGAAGGCGCAGCCCACGCCUCAAAGCAAAGAAACACACCAUGCCCAUUGCGCAGAUGGCGGAGCGCCUUCUCUGUCAGAGGUUGGGCAUUGUUGGUGAAGGUGAGAUGAUCACUGAAGAUGCGAUCAGCAAGUAUGUUGCCCUGUUCAAUGGCCAGCUGCCUGAUCUCGCGGUUGCUGCUCUGCGAGCUCUCUUCCAGAUGGAUUGUGAUCUUGAUGGUGCAGUGGAAGAUGCCCUCAUCCAGCAUGGUGGAGACACGGGUCCCGGCAUGAGGACUCAAGCCAGCGACGACGCCACAGUGGCGUAAUGUUGCUGCGGGCUGAAGAUGAAGAUGUAGCUUAGUCCUGAUGAUUAGUCCUUCCUUCAUGUAUCGCCUUGUUUGGUUAUGUGUUCUGCCUGUUUCCCUAGACCGCUGCGUCGGCCUGGCCACUGUUAUUGCCCUGGCAAGGCUUUUAGUUUGUGAGGUUAGGUUCUGUACCUGCUGCUUAGAUGUAUUGCUGGUUAACCAUGAAUGACAGCAACCUAUGUAUCCUCAGUUGGAAUGUUCGAGGCCUCAAUUGUCC